AUGGAGAUCUUCAAGAAAGCCGAAACCGUGCGUUUACGUAGCUACCACGACAAGUACCUUCUAGCGGAAGAAGACGAAGAUUCCGUGAGCCAGGACAGAGACGGGCGGUCUAUGAACGCUAGAUGGACGGUGGAGAUCGUAGAAGAAACGAACGGGAUUCGUCUCAAAAGCUGCUUUGGCAAGUACUUAACCGCUUCAAACAUCCCAAUGUUCCUUGCCAUGACCGGCAAAAGGGUAACGCAAACACUGCCACGGAGGUUAGACUCAUCAACUGAAUGGGAACCCAUUAGGGAAGGCGUCCAGGUUAGGCUCAAGACGAAGUAUGGGCAGUAUCUUCGAGCUAACGGGGGUUUACCGCCAUGGAGGAACUCAAUCACACAUGAUAUUCCUCAUAGGACAACCACGCAGGACUGGGUUUUGUGGGAUAUUGAUAUUUUGGAAAGCAGAAAGAAGAAAGCACAACCAGUGACUGCACCACCAGCUUAUACGCCUCUCCCACCUCCUCCACCACCACCAGAGCUUCUGAGGGUAAGAAAAGAUGAACAUGAUGAGCCAGAUUCACCGAAAGGAUUCUCUCUCAAGUCCCCAAGAUUUCCUAAAACAGAGUAUGAUGAUAGGAUCAGCUCACCGGUAAAGGCAGAUGGGAGGCUAAUCUAUUAUAAGGUGGCGGACGAAGAUGGGAAUGUCGAUGAAAGAGCGAAGGAAGAGCUUUUCUCUUUCAAGGGAAUGGGACUAGAAGAGCUGAAGCAGAUGCUUGAAGAAGAGACAGGUCUGACUGAUAUAUCAAUCUGUUCCAAAAACCCUUUAAACGGUAAACUAUAUCCCCUUCGAUUGCAUCUCCCUCCCAACAACACAAAGAUGCACGUCGUCUUGAUCCCUUCGUCUUCAAAAGGUGAUGCUGCAAGCACUUCUUGA